AUGCCUCGGAUUAGUGGAUUACAGGACUCUAGACUGGAAAAUUGGAAAUCGGCUCUACGUUUUGAAUUAAGAUGGAAUGAAACUGGAUCAAUGCAAUUAAAAAAUACUACACUCUUGUAUGGAGCACGUGAUAAUAGGCGACUUGGAGAGAGCGGUUUCGCUGUAAACAAAGCAUUCCUCAACUCGGUAAAAGAUUUUAAAGUAAUAAGUCCUAGAAUGACUGUGCUGAUGAUAGCAGCCAGAUGGUUCAAUAUAGCAUUUUGCUAUAUACAUGCUCCAAUGGAGGAAAAGAAGGAAGUAGAGAAAGAUGAAUUUUACUCAUUACUUAAUAAUGUCUUGAAUGACAUACCAGCAAAUUGCAUUCAAAUUAUUCUAGGAGAUUUCAACGCAAAAAUUGGGAAAGAAAAUUACUUUAGACCUAUAAUAGGUAUUCAUGACUUACAUGAAGUAUCGAAUGACAAUGGAUGUAGAUAA